UUUCCUCCAUCAGGUCCAGCAACCAACCAGCAGCUCCCAGCCCAGAAUAGUGCCUGGGUUCUCCUGCUCUGCCGGCCUAUAAAAGCCUGUGACAGGUUCUCACUCUCCAGAAUAUUUCAUUCAUCAGGGGUCCAAAGCUUCCAAGCAGUAUGAAGGUCCUCAUACUAACGUUUUGCCUGAUUGGGGCCGUUCUUGCCAAACCCAUUUCUUUCAAUGAUGUUGCCGAGUCGAGCGAAUCAAGCGAAUCGGCCCAGACUGGAGCUUCCAAUCAGCAUUACAACCAACAGCAGACUGGAGGUUCCUAUAAUCCCCAACCCUAUCAACAUUACAACCCCCAGGACCAGCAACAGAGCUCUGAGGAAAAUGGCCAACAAGCUCAGGCAUCAUAUGAUCUGCAUUCCUACCAACAUUACCUCCAGCAGUACCAACAACAGGCUCAAAGCGGAGGUUCCUAUGAUCCACACUAUCAGCAUUACCUCCAACAGUAUCAAUACCAACAGAGUUGGGAUCCACAUUAUGAUAGUUCCAUGCACCAACCCGCAAGUCAGUCAAAUGAGCACAAACAGCACCCUAAGGAAGCAGACACAAGCAGCACAGCUGUUGAAAGCCAUGAGAGUACCGACAGUGAGAGCAAUGAUGCCAAGGACCAAAGCUAUCCCAUCCAGGCACCAGAACAGAGCUUUGGAACGGACGACAGCAAGAGCACCAGCCAUGAAGACAGUCAGACCGAAGACAGCACAAGCAGCGAAAGCGCUGAGUCCAAUGAGACCACCAUCGCUGACACAAAUGAGGGUAGUGACAGCCAUGACUCCAGUCAAACCAGUAACAAGAUCAUUGUCGUCAAGACCAUGCUAAUGAGCAGCGCGACUGACAGCAGUCAAACCAGCAAGGGUAGUCAGGAAACCAGUAGUGAAAGCAGUGGGACCAGUAAGGCCAGCGACAACAUAAGCAGUGAGACCAGUAAAGCCAGCGACAACACCAGUAGUGAAAGCAGUGAAACCAGUAAAGCCAGCGACAACACCAGCAGUGAAAGCAGUGAAACCAGUAAGGCCAGCGACAACACCAGCAGUGAAAGCAGUGAAACCAGUAAGGCCAGCGACAACACCAGCAGUGAAAGCAGUGAAACCAGUAAAGCCAGCGACAACACCAGCAGUGAAAGCAGUGAAACCAGUAAGGCCAGCGACAACACCAUUAGUGAAAGCAGUGAAACCAGUAAAGCCAGCGACAACACCAGCAGUGAAAGCAGUGAAACCAGUAAGGCCAGCGACAACACCAGCAGUGAAAGCAGUGAAACCGGUAAGGCCAGCGAGAAGGUCCAUGCCGUCAAGACCAUAUUGGUGAGCAAUGUGAUUGACAACAGUCAAACCAGCAAGGAUAGUCUUGAAGCCAGCAGUGAAAGCAGUGAGACCAGUAAGGCCAGCGACAAUAGCAGUAGUGAGACCAAGGACAAGGACAACGUGAGCAGUGAGAGCGGUGAAAAGGUCUUCAACAUCCACAGUAGUGACACCUACAAGACAAUUAAGGCUAAUGUAAUAAGCUACAGCAUCAAGAGCGUACAUGAUGUUAUUGACAACAGUGAAAGCAGCAGUGAAGAAGUAAGUGACACCAGUAGGACCAUCAAGAACAGCACUAAGGCCACUGGCAGUAACAGUCAUGAAAGCAGUGAAUUUAGCCAAACCACAAGCAAAGAAAACAGUGGAACUACCAAAGUCAGUGACAUUGCCGAUCAUGAAAGCAGUGAAUCCAGUGACACCACCAGCAAUGAAAGCAGUGAAUCCAGUGACACCACCAGUCUUAAAAACAAUGAAACCAGUGACACCACUAGUCUUAAAAGCAGUGAAUCCAGUGACACCACCAGUCAUGAAAGCAAUGAAACCAGUGACACCACUAGUCUUAAAAGCAGUGAAUCCAGUGACACCACCAGUCAUGAAAGCAGUGAAUCCAGUGACACCACCAGUCUUAAAAGCAGUGAAUCCAGUGACACCACCAGUCUUAAAAGCAGUGAAUCCAGUGACACCACCAGCCAUGAAAGCAAUGAAACCAGUGACACCACCAGUCUUAAAAACAGUGAAUCCAGUGACACCACCAGUCAUGAAAGCAGUGAAUCCAGUGACACCACCAGCCAUGAAAUCAGACAAAUCCUUAAGACCAGUAACAUUCUCGGGCAGGUAAACACUAAAUCCAGUAAUACCAAGACACACAAAAGCAGCGAAUCCAGUGACACCACCAGCCAUGACAGCAACGAAUCCAGUGACACCAUCAGUCUUAAAAGCAGUGAAUCCAGUGACACCACCAGUCUUAAAAGCAGUGAAUCCAGUGACACCACCAGCCAUGAAAGCAGUGAAUCCAGUGAGAGCACCAGUCUUAAAAGCAGUGAAUCCAGUGACACCACCAGUCUUAAAAGCAGUGAAUCCAGUGACACCACCAGCCAUGAAAGCAGUGAAUCCAGUGAGAGCACAGGUCUUAAAAGCAGUGAAUCCAGUGACAGCACCAGCCACGAAAGCAGUGAAUCCAGUGAGAGCGCCAGCCAUGACACUAGUGGAACCUCAAAGGCCAGUGACAGAAGCAGCCAUGAAAGCCAUAAAGACCCAGAGUGUCAAAAUGGGGCAGAGAGCUGCGAGAGCGAGGAGUAUUUCUUCCAGGACAUCGGCGACGAUGCCCACUACUCGGUGGACCAUCUGAUGGCGCCAGAUGGAGACGGCAUGGAGUUCCGCCUGCGAAGAAGAUGACCUCACCUCCACCUCCCACAUUCACUUCAACACUAUCUAAUAAGCUUACUAGACAUAUCAGGUGGACUAUACAAUAUUUUUUUGACUCUUGAAAGUUAAUUUUUGGGUUUAUCGUAAUGUUUCCUUUGUGUGUGCAUGUGUGUUUGUGUGCGUGCAGGUGUGUGUGUUUGUGUUAAAAACAUUUUGACCUCUCGUGUGUUGCAGAAUGUAUCCAUACACUUGUACCUUGUGUGUAUGUUUUGUGAGAAUAAAUGUUUAAUUGUACAAAACA